UGCUCAACCACAUCUCCACAAUCCACACACCAUCUCCAAUGGCUGCCACAUCAGCCACCGUAUCACCUCUGCUCAACACCUUCACGCUCCGGCGCGUGCGCAAUGACCUUCCGCCCUCCUACAAUCCACCAUCUCUCAAAGCAACGCCGGCGAAAAUGAUGUCCUCCAUUCCCAGUCGCAGACAGCUUCUGUUCUUAAUUCCGGCAACGGUGACCGCAGUCACCGUAGGGGACAGAGCUUCGAUGGCUGCGGACAUUCCGCUGUUUGGGAUAAGGAAAGGGCUGAGGAAGGUGGAGAAGGAGGCGGAGGAGAUCGUUAAGGAAGGGUUCGAGGCGGCGGAUAAGGGAAUCGAAGCGGCUGAGAAAGGGAUCGAAUCGGCGGAGAAAGGUAUCGAAAGUGCGGAGAAAGAGAUUGAGACGGCGGUGAGUUUCGGCGGCUUAGCGCAGGCUGCGGCGGUGGCCGGAGCCGAGGUUUUGGGGGUUUUGGUGGCUACUUCAGUUGUGAAUGGUAUUUUGGGACCAGAACCUAACAAGUCCUAGCAAUAUUUUUUUAUAUAUAAUUAUUGAUUGUAAUAAUAAGUUUUUGUAUUUUCGGAUUAUAUAAAAUAUAAAAUGUUAUUAUUUAGUAAAUUUCUUUAGUUUUGUUUGUAAAGUUGACAUAGUUUUAAUGAAAAGUACUAGCGAGUAUUAUUUAAUACUGAAA